GUGACGCGACUGGAAGAUGGAGGCUGCGGGCCGCCGUGAGGCAGGCUGGGAAUUGUAGUUCUCUGUCCUGUGGGGCCCACGCGCGCAGCCCGGAGGGCUCAGCAGGAGCAGACUCAGGUGGAUCCGGCCUACCUGAGCCCUCCCCUCGCUCUACUGCUCCGCAGUGCCCAGGCCAAGGGCCCCCGGAACUAGCCCCGCAGCCCGUGAAUGGUCACGGGGGGCUCUCGGUGCAGGGACCCUGGGGGUCUGCAGCCUGGCUAGGCUUCCCAAAGGGGUCUGCGCCGCCCCGUGAAGGUCUUUAGAGCUUUCGGGUCUUCCCCCAGCAGGCCCCGCUGUUUGGGCACUCGGGAGCAGCCCACGCGUGACACGGCACUUGCCGGACCUGGGCUCCAGCUCAUCCACCAUCCUGGCUCGGACAGCGACCGGCAAAUGCUGCCGAAGAAGCUGCCACCGCACGUGCAGGAAGCAGCGAUGGUCCGGUCCCGGGUAGGGACGUUCCUGCCCCAGCCGGUCCGCUCGUGGCUGGCUCGCGGGCGGUGCGAGGAGCAGAGCGAACGCGGCUGUCCGGGCUGCGGGGAUCCCCGGGCUUCCCAUUCGAAGUGCCGCCCUCCCCGCGGCGAUGCUGGAGCGGGUGCUCCACGGUGCGAGGCAGGGGUGGGCCCCUACGUGGCACGAGCAGGGCAAAGUGCGCCUAAGGGGGAGCCGAGAAACGCGGCCUGAGUAGUAGUGCCCCCCACGGCCGCCGCCAGCACGCGUGGGGGCUUUGGCGGGUUCUCGCACAUCCCCUGCUGAGUACCAGGGCACAUCUGAGUGUAGCUGUGACUAGCCGUGUUUGGCCCACACGGGCAGCCAAGGCUCGUGGCCGCCCUGACCCUCCCUUUGUAGCCGCGGCACCUCAGAGCACAGCGAGCAUCUCCCGCGUGGGCAAGCCGCGCGCGCUCACACCCACUCGCGGCCGGCGGCCCUGCCCACGUGAGCCACGUGAACGCAGCCACCUCGCCUGGACUCUGAACAGCAACAGGAAGAGGAACCACCUCGCUCGCUGCCGCCACCGCCGCCCGCCUGCCUCCCUCCUCCCCACGCGCGACGGGAGCAGAGCGGCGCGGCCCCUUUAAAAGCCCAGCCACGUGCAGCGGGGAGCCGGGCGCCCCGGGCCGGCGGGGGCUCUAGCCCUGCGAGCCAGCGGCUGCGUUUGCCCGGGCUCCCAUGGCGCCUCCGGGCGCAUUCGGACACCUGAGCCUGGCGCUGGGCGCCGCCGUGGCCGCCCUGGGCUCGAUCCUCUUCAUCGCCUGGAGAACGUACUUCCCGGGCGGCGGCCGCUGGGGGGCGCGCUGGGAGCCGCCGCUGGCCGCGGGGCAGCUGGAUUUCUCCAUGCGGCAGGUCCUGGUGCUGGGCCUGGAGGGAGCUGGGAAGAGCAGUGUUCUCCACUACAUCUCCAGCGAGGCAGCCAAGGACCGCACAGCUCCCACCCAGGGCUUCAACUCCGUCCAAGUGUACGCAGACGGCUUCCAGAUCGACCUGCUGGAACUUGGCGGCAGCCAGAACCUGCGAUUUUACUGGAACCAAUACUUGAGUCAGGCCCAUGUGCUGGUGUUCGUAGUGGACUCUGCAGACAGGCCACACCUUCCCACAGCUCGACAGGAGCUGCAUUGGCUGCUGGCUGAGGAUCCUCGGUUGCCUUUGGUCGUCCUGGCCAAUAAACAGGACAAGAGUGACGCGCUGAGUGUGGCUGAACUGCACCGGGAGCUGGCCCUGCACACGCUGAACGGACAGAGGGAGUUCUUCCUGCUGCCCACGAGCGCCACCCACACCGCUCUGGCCACUGCCACCAGCAUCCGGCAUGUGAAGAGUCUGCUGGUGGAACUGCUCUCCCAGCUCUGAUGUGCUCUUCACACCCUAAGGACGGGCAGGUUGGACUGACCCUGCAGCGCUGGACUGGAGACUGCUGGCUCUGCACUGACAGGCCAGAGCUGCUCUACUCCCAUGCUGCUAUCCCCCAUCGGGUUCUCUGUGCACCCCCUUGGGGCCAAUGCAAGCUGCCAUCAGCACGCAGCUGGCCGGCCCAGUCACGGAGCUGUGGCAAGAUGAGAGAACAGCCUCUGUCCCCAUGCAGCCCAAGGGCAGAGUCCGCCACCUCUAGAUGGGGCACAGUGAUGUUUACAAACAAUAGCCCCAACCCCCUGCAGCAGGGGGAAUGGGCACCAUUCAGCCUGGUGCACGUGGCACAAAAGGGGCCAUGCAGUUCCACAACUCAUAGACUCAGACUUUAAGGUCAGAAGGGACCAUUAUGAUCAUCUAGUCUGACCUGCACAAUGCAGACCACAGAAUCUCACUCACCCACUCCUGUAACAAACCCCUAACCUAUGUCUGAGUUAUUGAAGUUCUCAAAUCGUGGUUUGAAGACUUCAAGCUGCAGAGAAUCCUCCAGCAAGUGACCCAUGCCCCACGCUGCAGAAGGCAAAACCCAACCAGGGCCUCAGCUAAUCUGCCCUGGAGGAAAAUUCCUUCCCAACCCGAUAUGGCGAUCAGCUAAACCCUGAGCAUGUGGGCAAGACUCACCAGCCAGCACCCAGGAAAGAAUUCUCUGUAGUAACUCAGAUCCCAUCCCAUCACAGACCACUGGUCAUAUUUACCUGCUGAUAAUCAAAGAUCAAUUGCCAAAGUAAAGCCCCUGCUGUCUUGCAACCCAGUUAGAUAGUUGUGCCCCAGGUAAAUGACACUUAAAUUGACAAAUCUAAAUGAAGGAUGCACAGGCAGGCCCAGUGGCUGCUUCUUGGCCCAGGGAGGGCAGGAGAUGGGGCAGAGGAGGGGCCGCAGGAGCUUCUGCAACAAGGCUCUUCUCUGGCAGGCAGCAAUUGUCUUUCCAUGUUGUGAAGGGAGCAGAAUCCACCCUGCGGCCAUGGCUCCUGCAGUGGGGUAAACGGGGCUGCUGGUGCCGUGCUGUCCAAUGGGCAGUUACUGCCCUCUGCUAGGGAGGAGUCUCCCCUGGGCCCCGCUCCUGCCUGCUCACAGUUGCGAAGAGACAACAGCCCUUUGCAUGUGCUGCUACUGGGAUGGGCCAGUCUGGCCAUGCAGGGGAGCCCACGUUCUGGUGGUUAGACUGGCCCCUCUGCAGUCAGGACUGACGGGGAGGAGGUAGCAUUUUUGUCUUGCUCUGCUCAGCUUGUUGGAGCUGGCUAGCCAGGGUAGCUUCUGCCCAUGGAGGGACAGUUUGUAGGGCGGGGGGGGGGGGCGCUGGGGAGAGCCCAAUUUGGGUAGCUUUUCUCCCCUGCCUCACAGGGACUCUUGCCUUCCUUUUAAAAAGCUUUGUGGGCAAGUCACUCCUGUGGCUGUGAGCUGGACGGGUACCGGAGCCCGUGAGCCACAGUGAGGGGACACCCGUACUGCUAACCCCCAGAAGUAACUUGCUGCCCAGGCCUGCAGGGGGCAGAUGGAGUAGGUGCCUUUGAGACAGAGGUGCUGGUGCCAGUCCAGCCUCCAGGCAAAAGGCUGCAGUGACAUCCCUCCACUCACACACGCACCCCGCGGUGAGGAAAGGCAGUCAUGGCUCCCACAGCCCUGUACUGGGCCCAUACGACUGGAAGAGUAAAUCAUCCCCAGCAUCAGUGGCUUGAAACAUUCUCGACCAGCCCCCGGGAACCCUGCCAGAGCAUGGGCGCAGGG